AUGGCAAGACUCACUGAUGAUGCCGACUACGAUGCCGUGGAAACGUCUGGGAAUGGUACUCGUGGCAGUGUAGCCGAGUGGUUAGCGUGUCAAGCUUCCAUCCUGCACUGUCGCGGUUCGACUCCCGCUGCGGGUGUUGAUAAGACCGAUGCGAGGUCGAAACUGCACUCAACCCUGGAUGAGAACAAUUUUUGGGACUUCAAAAAUGUUUUUCUAGUCAGGCUUCAAAUUCAUGCAAUCUGGCGGGCCAACGUUAAGUUCCAUAUUGAAAUGAAUGGCACUGACUAUGCUUCUGAUCAGGUAAUUUUUAUCCAUUUUACUUUUUAA